AUGGCUCCCACUGGCCCAAUUACAACACCUAUAACCCAGCUGCUGGGCAUCCAACACCCGAUUAUCCUCGCCGGCAUGGCGCGCACAUCGGGCGGACUCCUUGCGGCAGCUGUAUCCAAUGCCGGCGGCCUCGGCGUUAUCGGCGGCUUCAUGUACACACCCGACCAGCUGCGUGAAAUCAUCGCGGAGAUGAAGGAGAACUUCAGGUCUCCGGACCUACCGUUUGGCGUUGACCUCGCCCUGCCACAGGUUGGAGGCAACGCCCGUAAGACGAACCAUGACUAUACGGGCGGCAAGCUCGACGAGCUCAUCGACAUCACCAUCGAGUCCGGCGCCCGACUGUUCGUCAGCGCCGUCGGCGUGCCGCCCAAGCACGUCAUUGAUAGGUUGCACGCCGCAGGCAUCUACAUCAUGAACAUGGUCGGUCACCCAAAGCACGCUGUUAAGGCGCUUGACCUCGGCGUCGACAUCAUCUGCGCCCAGGGCGGUGAGGGCGGCGGCCACACCGGCGACGUGGCGAACUCGGUGCUCAUCCCGGCCGUCGUCGACGUCGCGCGGCGGUACCGUCCCAAGAUGCUCAAGGGAGGACCUGCUCUCGUCAUCGCCGCCGGCGGCAUCUACAACGGCCGAUCGUUGGCGAGCUCGUUGAUGCAAGGCGCCGUGGGCGUGUGGGUCGGCACGCGCUUUGUGGCGUCCGUCGAGGCCGGGUGCAGCGAGGAACACAAGCAAGAAGUUGUAUCAUGCGGGUUUGAUGAUACAGAGCGCACACUCGUGUUGUCUGGGCGACCGUUGCGGAUGAAGACGAAUGAGUACGUCCGUAAGUGGCAUUCGCAACCGGACAAGAUCAAGCAGCUUUGUGAUGAUGGCGUGGUCCCGAUUGAACAUGAUUUGGAGAAGGGCAACGACAUUGACCUUCCGCACCUGAUGGGUCAAGUCGCCGGCGCGAUCGACAAGGUCCAGCCUGCCGGAGAGAUUGUGGAUGAGAUGGUCAAGGAGGCGGUUGACCAAUUGAGGCUCGGGCAGGUGUACUUGGGUGAGCGCAGUAGACUAUGA